UCCCAUGAUUAGGCCUAUUGCUUUCUUGCCAAUCUGUUUCAAGGUUUCAAGCACUAAAACGUCUUUGAUUGUUUGAAUGCCGGUUUCUAGAAAGGCAGGAUAAAUUAACGUGACAAGUUGAACAGAAGAUGGAGAAUGGGUGUUUUAAUACCUGUCCGGAUAUGCCAUCCCAGCAAGUGCAAGCAGAAGAUCUAAAGGCUUUUGAAAGGAGGGUGGUUGAGUAUGUGUCAUCUCUAGGCCCACAAGCAAACAGAUGGAGAAUUCUACUGGCACUGACUUCUGUUUGCAUUGCAAUUGGUAGUUUUGGCUGGGCAAUGGAUGAAAAAACAGUAAAGAUUUCAUUUCUUGAGUCAUUGAUGAUUCACAAAUUUUUCACAAUUAGCUGUAUUUCACUUAUCAUACUCAUCAUUUUUGGUGCACAUAAAAGAAUAAGGGCACCACAACUAAUCUUAGCUAGAGUGCAGCUAACACUGCAAGACUUUAAUAUGUCAUGUGAUGAGCGUGGUCGAUUAAUUUUGAAGAAGACACAAGGGAAGUAGCUGGUAUAGACAACUUUUCCUUGUCACUAAGAUUGAAAACUAUAAUUUAAUUUGCCGUGCAAAUAGCUUUCCCUUGAAAAGGACCCAUAGAUAGUUCUGAUAGUGAGAAAGCUAUCAUAAUCGCCUAUGUCUGUAUGAUGUUAGAUAUUGUUUUCAACUCUUUGUAAAUUGAAAAUAUUUUUUUAUCUUACCUCAAUAGGUUGUUGUGAGAGUACGUAUAGUAUGAAACGGCAUAACGCCUAAAAAUGUAUAACUUCCUUCUCCUUUCAAAACAUUGUUUGGUAGUCCAUUCAGCAAUGCUGGUUUACAUGGGGCCAUGCAUCUAAAAUAACAGGAAAACAAAAAUAAAUUGUUCAAUAGAUCUUAAAAUAAUACAACACAAUACACAACCCUUCCUGACUUUACCUUACUCUACCCACGAAAUUUUCGAUACCCUUUUACAAUAUUUUCUUAUUUAGAAGUCUGAACUAUAGUAUUAAAACAAAAAAAUUUAAACAGAUAAUUUUGAAUCUAAUCAGAUAGGUACCCUGCUUUGCUUCGGUAUCAAGGUCAUACAAAGUCUAGAACCCCCAAACUUGAAACUUCGUUUUUUCAAUGAAACAUCUAGGCUAUUUCGAAGAAACUUUUGUUUAAACAUUUCCCUUUCUAUUUCUUUUUAAUGUUAUGAUUUCUUGUCUUCGCCCAGUGAUUAAACUCCACUGUCUGUUUUCGCUUAUGCUGGGUUUGAAAUAAUCGACGCCGCGAGAUCUAAAUUAAGAUAAUCGUAUAUCGUACAAAUUUAAAAUCCAAGAUAAUCCUAGAUAAUCCUAGAUUGAAAUAAUCAUAGACAUGAAUCCAAGAUUAAAAUAAUCAUAUAUCAAAGUUCUGUUUGAUUUUUUUUAUAUUCCGCAAAAAAAUCACAUACUACAGGCUACACUCCUACCAAAAACUACUAUGCAACGAUAUAGGGAACGACACCCCGGGGAGCGAAAGGCUGUGACUACCCCAGGGCUAUUACAUUUAUCUGUUAGAAUUGUAAUCGAUAUUGCUAGAUUUCCAAAUGUACAUUUGACUUGGAGACGUUUUUGUGAUGCAAUAUAUCACUUAUGGUAGUUUAUUGGCGGUUGAUAGAUGUGCGCUUGAGAUGUCAUUGAAAAUUAGCUGCUAUUACCUCAAAUUAUAAUUAUCUCAAAAUUAGAUGAAAUGUUAAUAAAGCAAAAAUAUUUAUAUCGUGGAA